AUUGUAAAUGAAGUUUUUGUGUGGGUGCGCAGCAAGAGGGAUCCAGACAGUGGGGAGACAGAGAUAUAGAGAUGCAAACCGAUUGGUUUUUGUUGAUCUUUGGCUCUAUGAUCUGCGUGGUGGCAGCAGUGAUAGCGGAGAAGCAGCUGAGCACAAAAGAGUGUGAGAACCUCGGGUUCACGGGUCUUGCUCUUUGCUCCGACUGCAGAACACUCUCCGAGUAUGUCAAAGACCAAGAAGUGGUUUCUGAUUGUUUGAGGUGUUGCAGUGAAGACUCUGAUGAUGCCACAAGCAAGGUUGUAUAUGCGGGAGCAAUAUUAGAAGUGUGCAUGAGGAAAUUGGUAUUCUACCCUGAGAUUGUUGGCUUCAUUGAAGAAGAGAAGGAUAAGUUUCCUUCUGUAAAAGUUCAAUAUGCAUAUAAUUCUCCACCAAAGUUGAUUAUGCUGGAUGAUGAUGGAGCACAUAAGGAAACCAUAAGAAUCGACAACUGGAAACGUGAGCACAUACUCCAGUUUAUAGCAGAAAAGGUGAAGCCAUCUUCAGAUAUUUAGUGCAGCUAUGGAGGAAAUCUUCUCUUAACCUACCACCCUCCAUAUCUAAUAUUUAAUAUUCUGUAUCAGUUAACACUCCAAGGAUAAUCAAUCUGCUAACACUUGCAUUGUUGCAUUCACUUUAUGGAUUUGCUAUUGCAGCAUAAAAAGCUUGUCAGACAUUCCUUUGGAAUGUUCGGAACUAGGUGUAGAGUUGCUAUAGUUGAAGAAUUGUUUUUGUACCAAUUGCCCAUUUGCCCAAUAUAACCUUAAGGUAUAA